CUGUGCAUCCUGCAUCGACGCUUCAGGACGCAGGGAAACCAACAGAUGACGGUUUAGGUUGCGACAAGCGCGCCGGAAGUGACGUCAAAGCUCGGCGACUGAGAUGCGCAAGACAAAGACGCUCCUUUUCGAAUUCGAACGACUUUUUGGGGAAAAAUACAUUUCGUGUCCUGUUGAAGUUUAACCUAACUAACAAAACGGUGUACUAAAACACAACCUGAAGUAACAAAGUGUGGGAAAAUGUGCACAAGAUGGACAGCAGCAACUAAUUCCGAGGAGUUAUUUUGUGGAGCAGAAGAGGAGGAGGACAAGAAGGAAGUUAUCUUCAACACAGCAGCAGCCAUAAGGAAAUCAAAUCUUGGUCCGGGGCGCCUUUACAUCAAAACGGAGGAGGAACAACAUCCCCGAAUCAAAGAGGAAGAGAAGGAGGAGGAUGUUACCAAGUUGUUAGUGACUGGUGACCCUUUGAAGAGUGAAGAUGGAGGUCCGAGUGAGGGGAGUGGAGGGCCAGCACCUUACAGCAGCCGCUUAACAGAAGGAUCACAUGCAGAUGGCCUCAUGGCUCCUCUAUCAGACAGCGACGACAGCGCAUCCCGCUCGCCUCAAACGGACGAACGCUGGAAAUGUUCCCAAUGUGGGAAAAGUUUUUUCUACAAGUCUUUUUUGAAAAGGCACAUGAGAAGUCACGCCGGCGAGAAACCUUUUUCCUGCUCAGUUUGUGGCAAGCGAUUCACUCAAGACGCACAUUUAAAAAUACACGCGAGAAAGCACACCGGGGAGAAACCGUUUGUCUGCUCGGUUUGCGGUCAGCGAUUCGCUCAAAGGUAUAGUUUAGCGACGCACGCAACAACGCACACCGGGGAGAAACCUUUCGUCUGCUCGGCUUGCGGUCAGAGAUUCGCCCGGAGGAGCCAUUUGACGGCACACGCAAAAACACACACUGGCGAGAAACCGUUCGCCUGCUCGGUUUGCGGCCAAAGGUUUUCCCAAAAGGGAAAUUUGACGAGUCACACGAGAAGCCACACGGGAGAGAAACCUUUUUCCUGCUCCGUUUGCGGGAAAAGAUUCUCUCAGAAGGGACAGAUAGGCGUUCACAUGAGAACUCAUACUGGCGAGGAACCCUUUUUGUGUUCUGUUUGCGGUAAAAGAUUUUCCCAGAAGGGACAUUUAGGGAUUCACAGGAGAAUUCACACCGGCGAGAAACCUUUCGCCUGCUCGGAAUGCGGUCAAAGAUUCUCUCUCAAGGCCCAUUUGAAAGCACACGUGAGAACCCACACCGGCGAGAAAGCUUUCACCUGCACGGUUUGCGAGCAAAAGUUUACAACCAAGGGCUAUUUAAAAAUACACGCAAAAACCCACGAUGGUGGUAAACCUUUCGGCUGCAGCGUUUGUGGCCAGACAUUCAUCGUGAAGGGCUAUUUAAAAAUCCAUAUGAGAAUACACACCGGAGAGAAACCGUUCGCUUGCUCGGACUGUUGGAAAACAUUCUCGACAAAGGGACACUUGAAAGCGCACGUGAGAACGCACACCGGAGAGAAACCGUUCGCCUGCUCGAUUUGCGGGCAAAAAUUUUCUCUAAAGGGAAACUUGACGAGUCACAAGAAAACGCACGUGGGCGAGAAGCCUUUUUCCUGCUCUGUUUGUGGCCAAAGAUUCUCUCGAAAUGGAAAUUUGAAAGUACACGUAAGAACUCACACAAUAGAGAAAUGUGAUUAAAAUCAUUUCCAUAUUUAUAUGACCCUGAAUAUAGGGUGACCCCCCAACCCCCCUAAAAAAAAAAAAACAGGCCCCAAUUUUGGAUAAGCGUCAUCUCUUGAUUUUCUUUCAUGGUAAAAAGUGCCUGCAGCUAAAACUUAUAAUGUUUAACGUUCUGAAAAAAUAAAAACUAGUCAUGACUGCAGUCUAACUCGAUUUUUAAAAUUAUUCUUUUUUUUUUUUUUUAACCUGUCCCGUUCAGCUGUUUGACACAGAGAAUGGAAUUCUAAGUGCCCGGAUAGUCUGAACAGUUUUAAUGUUUCACAUUGAGAGUCUGACAUACUCCCUUUGUGAUCAUUCAACAUACCUCAUUUAUUAUGACAAAACAGCGAACAGGAAGGGGUUAUGGGGGAACAGAAGAAAAUAAACACAAGGGAAGAAAGAGAAGAAACACAACAACAAGAAAGACAUUGAACGCCUAAC